GUCCUGUAUCACUUCUGGCUCAAUCCAGGAAUAGGAAAGGAUUUAAAAGCAAACCCUGAAAUGAGGACGAUCUCGCUGGGCAGUCACCAAAUGGGAGUAGAAUAGACAGGGCUCUGACAGGUGCCUGAUGCGGAGGGGGAGCAUGGGUUCGCCCAGCAUGCUGCGGCGUCUCGUGAUUAUCUUGCUAGGCUUGGUUUCACCAAACUCCUGUUCCCUGGCUGAAGCCACAGGACAGGGAAACCGAUGUGAUAAGAAGUCUGUCCUAACAUUCCGGACCGAGUGUCAACCCUGCACCCUUAAUUUUAGAGCCAAGUGCCCGGAUGGUUACACUAAGGUCACCAACCUCACUGUGGGAGUUGAAGACUGCAGGUUCACCCUUAACCUCAGAACGCACUCCCAGUCUCUCCGCGGGUGCCGCCACAUCUGCAGGAAGAACCACCUCCGACCGGAGUGCUGUCCUGGCCACUGGGGUCCGGACUGCAUGGAAUGCCCCGGAGGAGCAGCGGUGCCCUGCAGUGGCCGGGGCAGCUGUGCAGAGGGCAUGGAAGGAAACGGACACUGCACCUGCCAAGAGGGGUUUGGAGGGACAGCCUGUGAAACCUGCGCCCAUGACAAUUUAUUUGGACCCAGCUGUUCUUCAGUGUGUAAGUGUGUGCACGGCACGUGCAACAACGGGCUCCAUGGCGACGGGACCUGUGAGUGCUACUCGGCCUACACCGGCCCCAACUGUGACACGCCUGUCCCUGAAUGUGCAGCCUUGCUCUGCCCAGAACACUCCAGAUGUUCACCGCUGAACGAAGACAGAACCAAGCUAAGAUGCCGGUGCCUCCCCAACUACAGAGGCGAUGGCAAAAGCUGUGAACCCAUCAACCCGUGCCUACAACAACCCUGCCACCCUCGUGCCCACUGUGUGUACCUGGGGCCAAACCAGCACAGCUGCAAGUGCGGGGACGGCUACUUCGGGGACGGCCAUGUGUGCCUACCGCUGGACCCCUGCCAGACUGGCCUCGGGAACUGCCCACCCACGUCCACCGUAUGCAAGUACGACGGGCCUGGACAGUCUCACUGCGAAUGUAAGCAGCACUUCCACCACCUCGUGCCCGGAGUGGGCUGCAGCAUGACCGACCUCUGUAAGUCCAAGAACCCGUGUCACAGGAACGCGAAGUGCACCAUGAUGGCGCCGGGCCAGCUGGGGUGCUUUUGCCAGAAAGGCUACGUGGGUGACGGCUUCACGUGCUAUGGAGACAUCAUGCAGAGGCUCCAGGAACUGGACACUGCACCCGGAGGGAAAUGGCAAGGAAGGGUGACCUCGUUCAUCUCGCUCCUGGACGGAGCUUAUGCCUGGCAGCUGAGCGGCCUGGGACCGUUCACCUUGCUGCUGCCCGCGGAGCAGGAGCCGAGCUCGUUCAAUGUGACGGAGCUGCUGACGGACCCUGAGGCUGCCCGGUACUUUGUGAAGCUCCACAUCAUAGCCGGGCAGAUGAGCACGGAGCAGAUGAACAGCGCCAACACCUUCUACACCCUGACCGGGGCGUCCGGGGAGAUCUUCAAUCAGGACGAGGACCAUCAAAUAAAGCUUAAACUUCAUAAAGGCAAAAAGAAGGUAAAAAUCAUAGAGCAGAAUAUCAUGGCUUCCAACGGGCUCAUACACAUCCUGGACAGAGCCAUGGACAAGAUAGAACCCACCUUUAAGAGCAACAGAAAGGAAAGCACAAAGUCGAUGCUACAAUUAAGACACGAGGAGUUCUACUCUUUGUUCCAGGUUACCGACUUGAUGUAUAACUUAGAGAUGAGAGGCGCUGCUGGAAUGUACACCAUUUUUGUUCCAACUAAUGAAGCAAUAGGCAACAUGAACUACAGUGAUCCUUUUUACCAUUUUUCUACAAAGAGCAUCUGGACGAUUCAGGAAGUCCUCAAAUAUCACAUUGUCCCAUUGACCCAGCUGGAAGUGGCCACCCUCGUCUCUAUGCAGCAGGUCAUGACCAUGGCCAACGAGGUCAUAGAGUUCAACAUCACCAGCAAUGGACAGAUUCUGGUAAACGGUGUGGCCGUGGAAGACACUGAGAUCACUACCAAGACUGGGCUCAUUUACACGCUGACGGGAGGUCUCGUACCUCCCUCCUUCCUCCGGUACCUGAGCGGAAACAAGCCCGGAGACGUGCGCAACCGCUGCAAUGGCAUCAGGCGUGAAAUGAGGCUGGGCUCGUGCGUGAGCUGCUUGGCGAUGUUUACUAGUAAAUGUCCUGCUGACUCCGAACCCACAGCUCUCUUCACACACAAGUGCGUCUACAGAAGCAGAAGCAAUGCCCUGAAGAGCGGCUGUGCCCGGUACUGCAACGCCACCGUGACGGUCCCACAGUGCUGCAGAGGCUUCUACGGGCCCAACUGCACCAGGUGUUCAGAAGACCUAACUCCAUGCUCAGGAAAUGGACAGUGUGCAGACGGCAUCCAUGGCAACGGGACGUGCAUUUGCAAGGACGGCUUCUAUGGCUCUCAGUGUCAGUUCUGCUCUGACCGCAAUAAAUACGGAUUUAAGUGUGAGAAAAAAUGCCUGUGUGUCCUGGGGACCUGCGACAACAGGAUAGCAAGCAGCGGAGCAUGCCUGCCUGAUACCUGCCAGAAAGGCUCGAGUGGGACUUACUGUGACAGGGGGCGCACUCGGUGUAACUACUUUACUCCUGAAUGUCACGUCCACGCCACCUGCCAAGUCAUCGAUCAAAUGCGCAGAUGCGUCUGCAAUGAUGGCUACGAAGGUGACGACUUCCUGUGCUCCGAGAAGGACCCUUGUACAGACCCACCCCGGGGAGGCUGCAGCCACAACGCCGAAUGCAUCAAAACCGGCCCAGGGUCACACACCUGCGUGUGCCACCAAGGCUGGACAGGCAGCGGCAUGGACUGUGAGGCCAUCAACCCCUGCCUGCUGCCCGGCAAGGGCAGCUGCCACAGCAACGCCACCUGUCUGUAUAUGGGCCCAGGCCAGCACGAAUGUGAGUGCCAGGAAGGAUUUCGGGGAGAUGGGACCGACUGCGAACCGAUCAUCUCAUGCUUGGAACAACCUGGGAAAUGUCACCCACUGGCAACCUGCCAAAUCGUGGCCUCUGGCGUCUGGAGCUGUGUUUGCAGAGAGGGCUAUGAGGGAGACGGCACCCUGUGCUACGGUGACGUGGCCACAGAGUUGUUAUUCCUCCCCGGAGCAGCUGCCUUUAACCAGUGGAUCAGUAAAGCAUCACUACAGCCCCUGCUGUCCAGCCUCUCCAAACUCACCAUCCUCGUGCCAUCCCGGGAAGCUAUUGAGGACAUGGACCGAGACGAGAAGAACUUCUGGUUGUCCCGGCCCAAUCUCCCGGUCCUGAUAAAGUACCACAUGGUCCUAGGCACCUACGGCUUGGCGGAUCUGCAGGACCUGACGUCUUCUGACAUGCUGGCCACGUCUCUACCGGGUGGCUUUGUUCACCUGGGAAAGGCAGACAGGAACGUCACUGUCGGAGGCGCCUCCAUCAUCGACGGUGACAACGUGGCCACCAACGGAGUGAUCCACAUCAUCGACAAGGUGCUGGUCCCCCAAAGAGGUCUAAGUGGCUCCUUACCAAACCUGAUCACCCGGCUGGACCAGAUGCCUGACUACUCCAUCUUCCAGAGCUACAUCACUCAUUAUGAUCUGGCAAGUGUCAUCGAGGAUGCUGACACUUACACUGUGUUUGCCCCGAACAAUGCCGCCAUCGAGAAAUACAUCAAGGAGAAGAAGGUCGCCACUCUAGAGGAGGACACACUCCGCUAUCACGUGGUCCUGGAGGAGAAGCUCCUGAGGAACGACCUGCACAACGGCAGGCACCGGGCGAGCAUGCUGGGGCCCUCCUACCUGCUCGGCUUCUUUCUCCGCAGUGACCAGCUCUAUGUAAACGAUGCGCCAAUAAACUACACCAACAUAGCCACCGACAAGGGAGUGAUCCACGGCCUAGGGAAGGUUCUGGAAAUUCAGAAGAAUAGAUGUGAUAACAAUGAAACCACCACUGUACGAGGAAAGUGUGCGAAGUGUCUGCAGCAGCCCACCUGCCCUCCUGGAGCCAAGCCUCUGGGCAAUGAGAAGAACAGGUGUGUCUACAGCCUUUAUUUCCUGGGGAAGCGUUCGGUGUUCAUCGGGUGCCGGCCGAUAUGCGUGAGAACUGUCAUCACGCCCGCGUGCUGCGCCGGCUUCUUCGGGCCCGAGUGCCAGGCCUGUCCCGGGGAGCGCGGGAGCGCCUGCUUCGGGAACGGAGUCUGCAUGGAUGGUGUGAACGGCACAGGCGCCUGCAAGUGCGACCCCGGCUUCCACGGCACGGCCUGCGAGACCUGCGCGGAUGGCAAGUACGGAGUACACUGCGACCAAGUGUGUUCCUGUGUCCACGGGAGGUGCAGCCAGGGACCCUCGGGCGACGGCUCCUGCGACUGCGCCGUGGGCUGGCGGGGAGUUCGAUGCGACAGCGCCAUCACAGAAGACAGCUGCAACGGGACUUGCCACACCAGUGCCAACUGCCUUCUCGACCCGGACGGCACCGCAGCGUGCAGAUGUGCCGCUGGAUUCCAAGGGAACGGGACCGUCUGCAAAGCCAUCAAUCCCUGCGAGACCAGAAACGGAGGAUGCUCAUCCAAGGCUGACUGCAAAAGAACCACCCCUGGAAGCAAGACGUGUGUAUGCCAGGCAGGCUACACCGGCGAUGGCAUCGUGUGCCUGGAAAUCAACCCGUGUUUAGAGAACCACGGUGGCUGUGACCGGAACGCCGAGUGCACACACACAGGCCCCAACCAGGCUGCCUGCAACUGUUUGCCCACCUACAGCGGCGACGGGAAGGUCUGCACUCUCAUCAACGUCUGCCUGACCAAAAACGGCGGCUGCAGCCCCUACGCCAUCUGCAAUCACACGGAGAUGGGCGAGCGGACUUGUACGUGCAAGCAGAACUACACCGGGGAUGGAUUCACCUGCCGGGGCUCCAUCUAUGAGGAGCUCCCCAAGGACCCCCAAACGUCCCAGUAUUUCUUCCAGCUUCAGGAGCACGCAGUCCGAGAGCUGGCGGGCCCGGGCCCCUUCACCGUGUUUGUACCUUCAUCUGCAGCAUUCGAUGAGGAGCCACAGAUCAAACACUGGCCCAGUCAGGGCCUCAUGCCCCAGGUCCUCCGGUACCACGUGGUCGCCUGCCACCAGCUGCUUCUGGAAAACUUGAAACUGACCCCAAACGUUACCUCCCUCCAAGGAGAGCCGAUCGUCAUCUCCACGUCUCAGGAUACAGUGUAUGUAAAUAACCGGGCCAAGGUCAUAUCUGGCAAUAUCAUCAACACUAACGGAGUCGUCCACGUCAUAGACAAAUUGCUGUCCCCCCGGAACUUGCUGUUCUCCCCCAGAGACGCUGCAGGAAGGGUUCUGCAAAACCUUACGACGGUGGCGACAAACCACGGCUACAGCCGCUUCAGCAGACUGUUGCAGGACUCAGGUUUGCUGAGAGUCAUCACCAACCCCAUCCACACCCCGGUCACUCUCUUCUGGCCCACGGACCACGCCCUAGAAGCCCUACCCCAGGAGCAGCGGGACUUCCUGUUCAGCCCAGACAGCGAGGACAAGCUGAAGGGGUGUCUGAAGUUCCACGUGAUCCGCGAUGCCAAGGUGUUAGCUGCGGAUCUCCCCAGAUCUGCUUCCUGGAAGACCUUGCAAGGCUCAGAGCUAAGUGUGAAGUGCGGAGCCGGAGGUGACAUUGGUGAGCUCUUCUUAAAUGGCCAGAGGUGCAGAAUCGUGCAGCGGGAACUCUUGUUCGACGUGGGGGUAGCCUACGGCAUCGACUGUCUGCUGACGGAUCCCAGCCUGGGUGGCCGCUGCGACACCUUCACCUCUUUCAGUGUCCUGGGGGAUUGCGGGAGCUGCUUGAAUACCCCCAGAUGCCCGAGGUGGACCAAACCGCAGGGUACGAAGCAGAAGUGUUCCUACAGGAUACUGCCCUUCAGGAGCGUCCUGGAAGGCUGCCGGAAUGAGUGCACCCUGGUGAUCCAGCUGCCCAGGUGCUGCAGCGGCUACUUCCUGCCCGACUGCCAGGCCUGCGGCUGCUCCGAACACGGCCAAUGUGAAGAUGGCAUCUCGGGCUCCGGGCACUGCCUCUGCGAGAGCGGGUGGACGGGCCGCCUCUGCGACACCCACGCAGUUGUGUCCCCAGUGUGCACGCCUCCGUGUUCCGCUCAUGCCACCUGCAUGGAGAACAACACGUGUGAGUGUGACCUGAACUACGAAGGGGAUGGACUGACGUGCACAGUUGUGGACUUCUGCAAACAGAACAACGGGGGCUGUGCAAAGGUCGCCACGUGCUCCCAAAAGGAUACCCAGGUCUCUUGCAACUGCCCCACGGGCUAUCAGGGAGAUGGCUACAGCUGCACGGAGAUAGACCUCUGCACGGAUGGCCUCAACGGGGGGUGUCACGAGCAUGCCACCUGCAGGAUGACCGCUCGGGGCAGGUACAAGUGUGAGUGUAAGAGCCACUACGUCGGGGACGGGCUGGACUGCGAGCCCGAGCAGCUGCCCCUGGACCGCUGCCUCCAGGACAAUGGGUCCUGCGCCCCAGAUGCCGACUGCGUGGACCUGCACUUCCAGGAUGCCACCGCCGGGGUGUUCCACAUCCGCUCCCCACUGGGCCAGUACAAGCUGACCUUUGACGAUGCCGUCCUGGCCUGUACCAAUGAAGCUGCAGCAGUUGCCACCUUCACCCAGCUCUCCUAUGCCCAGAAGGCUGGCUAUCACCUCUGCUCGGCGGGCUGGCUGGACAGUGGCCACGUGGCCUACCCCACAGCCUACGCCUCCCAGAAGUGUGGCGGGGGCACCGUGGGGAUCGUGAACUACGGCGUCAGACCCAACAAGAGCGAGACAUGGGAUGUCUUCUGCUACCGCAUGAAAGACGUGAACUGCACCUGCAGGCCGGGCUAUGUGGGAAACGGCAUGUCGUGCAGUGGGAACCUGCUGCAGGUCUUGAUGUCCAACCCCUUGUUGAAGAACUUCCUGACGGAGGUGCUGGCCUACUCCAGCAGCUCAGCCCGAGGCCGGGCAUUCCUGAAGCACCUGACAGACCUGUCCACCCACAGCACCCUCUUUGUGCCGUUCAACAGUGGGCUGGGGGAAAACGAGACCCUGUCUGGGCGGGACAUCGAGCACCACCUUACCAGUGUCAGUGUUGUCUUUUACAACGACUUCGUCAAUGGCACCACCCUUUGGACUAGGCUGGGAAGCCGGCUGCUCCUCACCACCAGCCACGACCAGACUGAUCCGAAGACCUGGUUCGUGGAUGGAAGAGCCAUUCUGCUGUGGGACAUCUUUGCCUCCAACGGAGUCAUCCACAUCAUUUCCGGGCCUUUAAAGGCACCCCCCGAAGUGACUCAUGCUGGCCUGGGGAUGGGGAUCUUCUCUGCCAUCAUCCUGGUCACUGCAGCAGUGGCUUUGGCUGCCUAUUCUUAUUUCCGGCUAAACCGGAGAGCCUUCCGCUUCCGGCACUUAGAGUCAGAACAGGACGUGGACAUCGCCAGCCUCCACAGGCAGCCUUGGGAGAACGUCUCGAACCCCGCGUACGAGAGCACGGCGAGCCCACAGCCACCCCCUCCGGCCUGCGAGGCCCUCCCAGAGCUGGACAGCAGCAACCCCCUGGGGGCUGCGACGCUGUGUGGCUCCCACGAGAGCAUCCAGCCCUCAGCCACACCAUCCGGGCCAUUGGAGCCUGCGGAAGGCCCUCAGCUGUGAAUCCUCAGAAGCCGCAGCCUCGUGGGCACGAAGGGGCUCAGCAUUUCCCAGGCCAAACCUCGUGGCUCUGGUGAACCCGGGUCUGUUCCUUUCUCAGUAAAGGACCAACUGCUAAGGGCACCAGAAGACGUGCCCUCCGCCAAGUCCUUCCUUCCCACCUUUCAGAUGACGCUUGCUUCCUCCUGCCCUGCCGUAGGCAGCCGUGAUCGCCCUGCAGAGACCGGAAGGUCCUAGACGGGGCCUGUGCCACUCCCUUGUAUCCCAGCGCCCGGCCCUGGAAAUGUGCUCAGUCAUGUUUAUGCAACAGAAAUAAAAUCAAUAG